CAAAUUUCGUCAGGAAAAUAACUUGUUUGAUGAUCCUGCAAAAAUUAUUAUUUUUGCGUCUGUAAAAAGUGUCCUUUUUAUCUGAAAACUGUCAGUGGAAUUAACGAUGUUUACUGUAAGUUUGUGCUCAAAAUCAAGUUUACAGAUAUUAACGGUAAGAACAUUCACAACAAGUAUUAGACAAGGACACAAGUUGUUGUCUUUGAGAUCAAACAAAAGUACUUCAGUUUUAAAACGAUGUUACCAAACGAAGACCAAUGCAUGGAGAACCUGGGAGGCAGCAGAAAGACCUAAAGGCAUCACAGCUGAUGCAACUGGUCGUAUCAUUCUUGGUGGCGCCUCUGUUGCUGGUAUUGCCGCACUUUGUUACUAUGGUUUGGGCCUGUCCAAUGAAAUUGGGGCAGUUGAUCGUGCAAGUUUAUGGCCCAAGGUUGUACGAGAACGUAUUCAGGCAACGUAUGGUUAUUUUGCUGGAAGUUUAGUUAUCACAGCUGCUUCAGCAUAUGGUAUAGCAAGAUCAAGAUUUAUCCAUCGUUGGAUGGCUGCUAGCCCAUUGCUGACUGUUGGUGGAGGUUUAAUAGCAAUGAUUGGAACAUCAAUGUUGAGUGCAGCUUUGCCUUAUGAACCAGGAAUAAAUGCUAAACACCUGGCAUGGAUAGGUCACAGUAGUGUUGUUGGUUUGGUGAUUGCACCUCUCAUGUUGCUUGGUGGACCUCUUGUUGUCCGUGCUGCAGCCUGCACUGCGGGUGUGGUUGCCUCUCUAUCUCUUACAGCAGCGUGUGCACCAAGUGACAAGUUUCUAUCCUGGGGUGGACCCCUUGCACUUGGGUUAGGUGGAGUAUUUGUUGCAUCAAUUGGUACCUUGUUUCUACCAGCUACAGGAGCAGUUGGAGCAGGCUUACAAGCAAUUGUCACGUAUGGUGGUCUUGUAAUAUUUGGUGGUUUCAUGCUCUAUGACACACAGAAAAUAAUAAAGAUGGCUGAAACUUACCCUGUCUAUGGUGAAACUGUGUAUGACCCUAUUAGAGCGUCAAUGGGCAUCUACAUGGAUACAAUAAAUAUCUUCAUUCGAAUUUUGAUAAUCAUGGCAAACAGUUCAGGAAACAGACGCAAAUGAUUGAGUGAUGCAUUGGAAGAAUGAACUAUUUUCAAUACCAACACUUCAUGUUCCACAUAUAGUUUUGGUAAUUUAAAACCAACUUUUACACACCAAAUACAUAAGAACUAGUUAUAGUUUUAAAUCAACAUUCAGGGAUAUUCUAUAAUUGAUAAGUAAAUAUUUGGCACAGAUGUUAUUUAAAUUUUUGAAUAAACCUUAUGAAUCUGGAUCUAUCUGGAUCCAAGUCUAUUUGGAUCAAAUGUACAUAUAUUGUAUACUUUGUCAACAUUUAAACUAUGAUGGCAUUGCCCUAAGCUAAAUGUUAUUAGAAAAGAAAGCUGACUUUUGCAGUGACAAUGUCUUCCCAUAACUUUAAUACUUCUUAUAAGACCAAAAUAUAAACAGUAUGUUAUUAGAAUUCUGCGUAUUUGUACCAUAUCAAAGAAGUCAAUUCUGUUUGAAUGCAAUUUUGUGUUUUUAUGCUUCCAAAGAACCUAUUGGA